CGAGUCCCAAAGUCUUCCGUUAACCAACGCCCAGUACCGUUAUAAAGGACUCUUGUUCCCAUCCAAAUGACCAUUGACCUUCCUCAUUUGCAAGCCCUGCUGAAACUCGACAACACGACCCCAACCACCACACCAAACCCGAAAAUCCAAAAUGUCUUGGCGACCACCCCCUAUGUCCUCCAGUGCGCGCCUCAUCGUCCCCUUGCGCACCCCUAUCCACACCUCCGAUGACGCCUGUAACAACGCCGCCGUCCAGCUGCCGGCCUUUUGCCAGCACACCGGUCUUCAGGUCUAUGCCUACGCAACCAACUCUGACGCCCCCAGCCCUUUGGCGACUGCUGUGAACGUCCAGUUGAGCUCGAUUCCGGUGGAAGAUAAGGGUUGGAGCCGGUAUGUCGUGUUGAAUGGGUUGACGCUUCCUCGGACUGGGAGGUGGAGGGUGUUUCUCUAUGGGGUGGUCCGUAGUGAGGAGGUCUGGAGGAUUCCGGCGGGCGAUGUGCAGGUGGAAAUUGCGUUCGUGGAUGUGGGGGGAGGUCCGUAUUUGUAUUAUUAG